AUGGCUGAAUAUAAAGACUUACAGACAGCAGGAAAAAUGGAUUCGUCCUUUUUUGUAAGUCGAAAGGAAUUAAUCGAAUGGGUCAAUAGAUAUUUAAAAUUGAAUAUAACAAAAGUAGAACAAUGUUCUAAUGGAGCAAUAUAUAUACAAUUAUUAGAUAUUCUUUUUCCAAAUAAAUCAGUUUUACAUAAAGCAAAAUGGAAUGCCAAAAUGGAAUAUGAAUGUAUAAUAAAUUAUAAAUUAAUCCAAAGUGUUUUUAAUAAACUUGGUAUAAAGAAAUAUAUGGAUGUAGACAAAUUAAUAAAAGGAAAAUAUCAAGAUAAUUUCGAAUUCUUACAAUGGUUUAAAUCAUUUUUUGAACGUAUUAUAGAUUAUAAUAACGAGCAAGUAAUUAAUUAUGACCCAAUAGAAAGGAGAAAAUUGUGCCUCUUAGGUGAGAGAGGAGAUUAUAAGCAACUUAAUAAUUAUCUCCCCGAAUGGGCCAAAACUGAUAUAAAUGUUUUAAAAGAAAAAAAAUAUAUAUAUAGUGAUAAUAAUAUAGGAACAAAUUUACACAAGACCAAAAACUUGGAACAUACGGAUAGUGUUAAUCGGGAGAUUUCUAUAGGAUGUGGAAAAGGCACAUCAAGAGGUAUGAACAGUAGUAUUGUAAAUAAUAAUAUAAAUAAUAAUGUAAAUAAUAGUGCAAAUAUUAAUAUAAAUAAUAAUAGUGUGUCUAAUAAUGUAAAUAAUUAUAUUAAUAGUAAUUUGUAUAGUGCCGUUACAUCUUCUACUACAACAUCAUCAAAUAAUAAUAACAAUAAUAAUAAUAAUAAUAAUAACAAAAUUGUAAAGAGCGAAAAAGGAACUAUGCAUAUAAAUUUAAACAAUGAUCAUCAUAAUAAUAAUAUAAUUAAUAGUAAUAAUAAUACAUCUUUGUUAUCCUCUUACAAUGAUAUAAAUAUAAAUAUACAUAAAAAUAAAAAUACAUCUAAUCAUCAUAAUAAUAAUGUUAACAAAAGAUUGUCUCUUUCAAAUAAUAUUUUUUCGCAAGGUUCUUUAUCCUAUUAUCAUAAUAAAGCCAAAAUUUUAGAAAGUCAAAAAGAUUACAAUUCUUUAAUGGACCAAAAUAAAAAAUUAAAAACACAAUUAGAAAACAAAAAUCAAGAACUUUUAUUAAUACAAAAUAAAUUAAAAGAAGAAGAAAAUGAGAAAAAAAUUCUUCACUUUCAAAAAAAUUUCUAUUAUAAUAAAUUACGUUUUCUAGAAUUGUUAUGCAAUCAGACUGACGAUAGUUACAUAUUAAUACAUGACAUACAACAAAUCAUAUAUGCUCGUGAUAAUACUUAUUUUCAUCACACUGUUUCACUAAAGGAUAAAAAUAAUACAGAAGAUAAUGAAUCUAUAGAACCUAACAAUACUAAUGAAUUGUCUCUACAACAUACUAUACCUCAUAAUGAGUCCCUUACAUAUAACACACAAGCUUCGAUAGACUACGCCACAUACUGUUCAUAA